GUCCAUGCUCGAGCGCCAUCUACCUGCGAAAUGUGACGUAUAUCUGUCAAAAAUUUCAUUACAUAACCUAACCUAAUAACAAAAAAUAUUUUUGCUUUUUAAGCCUCCGUAGCCCCUUUUCAGUAGUUGUCUUCAAGAUGGGAAACUCGGUGACAACUUACGCGACGGGCGGCUUUAAUUUAUAUUUCCACCCUGAAAUCACCCCCAGUCCCUUGGAAGAACCUACAUUUGACCCUUUGAUGGGCUUUGAAAACGGCCGAAAAGAAAGAGUUAUGAUAGCAACAGAGGAAGAAUUGCGUUCAGCAAAAAUUCCGUUAGACGAAAGGGACUACUGUGCGCACCAUUUGCUAGCUUACAGAAGUUGUAGAAGGGAUAAUUGGCCUUGGGCCGCUAAAUGCCACCAUGGAAAACAUGCUUACCUUAAUUGCAGAUAUGAUGAUUUUGUCAUCAGGAUGAAGGAGUAUGAACGAGAGAGACGUCUCCGAGUAAAACAACAAAAGAAAGCAGCAGAAGAAUAAUGGAGUACAGUUGGAUUUUUUAAUGUAGUGUAAAUCAAUUUGGCGUAUUGCUAUAAAAAUAAAGAUUAGUUAUAACUUGUUUUUGGUAUAGAGCACAGUAAAAAAUCUAAUAACUUUUAUAACAGACAUGUUCUUGAAGGUAAAUAAAAUACCUCUCAUCUAGUACAAAAAGUAUUCAGAGUUGAAAGAAAAGAUUAAAAAGUAUUCUUAUAUGAAUGUUCCACAAAAAGGUUUGAUUAUAACAAACCAGGUUUAACAUUUUUAUUGUAUGAUGAUUUGGUUUCAAUGGUUACCUUUUCAAGUACAAUUGACACUUUUGCGGUUUCUCAAAAUGAUCCUUUAUGUUUGGUUUGCUAAAGGAUUACAAUUUCUUAUUGCAAAAAUUGUCUUUUCAAAUUUAUUUUUUUAUGGGAAA